AUGCGUCGUUCGCUUGAAAACUGGGAAAGGGGUAUCAAUAUAGGUGGAGUCACCAUAUUUAACCUCAGCUACGCAGAUGGCAUCACCCUCUUCGCCUCAUCCGAAGUAGAAAUGGCCGAGCUGCUGAUGAGACCGGAAACUAUUAGCCUAGAAAUGGGUCUUGCCAUUAACAAAUCGAAGACCAAGCUGAUGGUAAUCGACCGUUUCGCGUCAGUCCAGCAAACCAACCUUCAGCAGGAGUACGAAACGGUGGACCAGUUUCAGUAUCUUGAUUCUGUGAUUACGCAUGGUGGCAGCUGCGAAACGGCAAUACGUAUACGGAUCGGCAUAGAGAAGACAAAGAUGACUCAACUAAACAAAUUAUGGACUGUAAUAUCACAAACAAAACUAAAAUACAUUUCGUUCGCACACUUGCCUUCUCUAUUGUUAAGUCAAAGAUCAGAGGUCAAAGAGUUAGAGCUUUUAGAAUGCAUUAAAAAACUUAUAGAAAACAUAAUGUUGCUGAAAGUAUUUGCAGUCGAAAAAGGUAUAAAUGGGUAA